AUGCUUUCACGCACUCUUUUCCAGGUUUUGCCUCUCCUUCUCUCUUCUCUACCUUCGACUUGGGCUCUCGGUUCGCACUGUUCUGCUCCUCUUGGUGCGGGUACAGCCGCUCCCGGCGAACCAUACUGGCUUCAGAACAUCACCCACCAGGGCACCGCGCCUUAUGCCACCUCAAACUACACCGUCUUCCGCAACGUCAAGGACUAUGGAGCCGUCGGAGAUGGAAUAGCGGAUGAUACUGAGGCUAUCAACGCAGCUAUUGCUGAUGGAGACCGUUGCGGCGAAGGAUGCGGAUCAACGACUGUCACUCCAGCCGUGGUCUACUUCCCUCAAGGAACAUACCUCGUCAGCGCGCCCAUUCCUGUGUACUACUACACCGAGCUUGUCGGCGAUGCACGAGAGCUCCCUACGAUUCUCGCAUCUCCGGACUUCAAUGGCUCCUGGGUACUCGAUGCUGACCCGACCAAGGCGGAUGGCAGCGACUGGUACAUCAACCAGGAUAGCUUCUAUCGCAGCAUUCGCAACCUGGUCAUUGAUCUUCGGGACAUGAACGCUACGUCCGGCACAGGCAUCCAUUGGGAAGUCUCUCAGGCUACUUCGCUUUACAACAUCGUUGUCGAGAUGUCCGACGCCAACAACACGGGACAACUUGGCAUGUUUAUGGAGGAUGGUUCUGGUGGCUUCAUGGCUGACCUUGUGUUCAAUGGAGGUGCUGUCGCUAUGAUGGUCGGCAAUCAAUACGCUCACUCAGAUCCUAGAUUCACAGUCCGCAACGUCACCAUCAACAACGCAGUGACCGCUGUCUCUGCACUAUGGGGUUGGGCUUGGACCUGGCAAGGUGUAACGAUCAACAACUGCUCCGUCGGCUUUGAGAUUGCCGACGGCGUAGGCUCGGAGACUAUCAUCGACGCCGUCGUGACCAACACCCCGGUCUUCAUUGAGCGAAGCAAUACUACAUCGACGAUGCUCGACGGCUCGUUCGUGCUUAUCAACGUGCAGCUUGAGAACGUCACCACAGCCGUCGGACUUGCGGAUAAGACUGUUCUCCUUGAGGGUGGAACGACCACGAUCGAUACCUGGGUUCAAGGGGACGUCUUCUCAGUCUACACCGACUCGCUAGGCGCAGGGUCGCACAAUGGUGCUCUCACAUUCUCAGGUUCCAGCGCAGAGUUCGCCGGAGGCUCUUAUACUACGCCAAUUCGCAAGCCAAAGUCACUUCUCGAUGAGGAAGGCCGCAUGUUCGGCAAGACUCGUCCCACGUACGCAGACUAUUCCGUGGAUCAGUUUGUGAGCGUCAAAGACGAAGGCGCGGUAGGCGAUGGAGAGACGGACGACACCGCUGCCCUGCAAGCUGUCUUCGAUAAGUACGCCGGCUGCAAGAUCAUCUACUUCGACGCCGGUAUCUACAUCGUCUCUUCACUCUUGAAGAUUCCGGCUGGCGUUCACGUCGUGGGAGAGGCCUGGACCCAAGUCAUGGUUAGCGGGGAGCUGUUCGCUGACAUCGAUCGGCCCACCGUCGCGGUACAGGUUGGAGAGAAAGGCUCGAAAGGUUUCGCCGAGUUCAGCUCUUUCAUCUUCACGUCGCGCGCACCUGCUGGCGGUGCCAUCAUCAUGGAGUGGAAUGUCCACGAUCCCGAAGAUCAGCAAGGCGCUGCGGGAAUGUGGGAUGUCAUCUUCCGGCUGGGUGGCGCCGAGGGCACGAAUCUGCAACUUGAAGGAUGCGGUAACUCGCUUCCCGCGAACGAGACUAUGGACUGUCAAGCCGCGUUCCUUAGCAUGCAUAUAACUCCAGAAGCGAGUGCAUACCUCGAGGGCACCUGGUUCUGGUUGGCUGAUCACGAUCUGGAUGCGAAUGCGAGCGCAACAGACGUCACGCUUUUCAGCGGGCGAGGAAUCCUGAGCGAGUCGCGCGGACCCGUUUGGAUGGUCGGUACUGCUUCGGAGCACCACGUCCUCUACAUGUACAACUUCGUCAACGCUGCCGACCACUACGUUGCCGUGGCUCAAACCGAGUCCGCGUACUUUCAACCGUUCCCCGCGGCACCGGAACCUUUCUCGCUAUCCAAAAAGUACCAUGAUCCUCCACUCUCCAGCGACGGGAUGGGUUGGGCGAUGAACUUUGCGAACUCGAGCGACAUCCUCAUGCUGAACGGCGCACUUUAUGUGUGGUUCAGUAACUAUAGUCAGUCUUGUCAACCGACGCUCGAGUGUCAAAAGCAGCUCGUCAACGUCGACUCUCACUCGACGGUCACUCUUGCAAACGUCAAUACCGUGGGUACGGCCGGCACAUUCAGCGUCGGCAACUCGGUAGCCAUUUGGGCCUCGUCCAUCGCGAACAAGUUCACGAACACCGCGAGUCUCAUCAACGUGCGCCCAGUGCAGGGCAAGGGUGGCGAGCCUUGGGCUAGCAAGAUAUUCCAGCAGCUGAUGUCGGCCAACUGGGGUCCGCUUGGGGACCUGAACCCUACUUCACUCAGCGCAACCGUGUUCUUCUCCGAAACCUGA